UAGACGGUAACGUUACAACUAACUACAGACAAGACAAACACACACUUGAUCCACACUCACUAGGAACACACAACUCACUUCUCUCUCUCUUCACAUGACUCGUCCUUUCAGGCUACUAGGCGCCGCCAACUCCUCGGCCACUAGCCAGUCGCCGCCUGAACAAGCGGCAAACGUCGACUCCGACUUCGUCGUAAUCCUUGCAGCUCUCCUUUGCGCCCUUAUCUGCGUGCUCGGUCUCAUCGCUGUCGCACGCUGCGCCUGGCUUCGCCGCCUCUCCGGUGGCUCUGCCUCCGACCCCUCAACUUAUUCCCGUCCUACGCCUGGUGCAAACAAAGGCCUCAAGAAGAAGAUCCUCAAGUCCCUUCCCAAGGCCACGUUCUCAGCUGAUUUCUCCGCGAAAUUCUCCGAUUGCGCAAUUUGCCUGACGGAGUUCGUGGUAGGGGAUGAAAUCCGAUUGCUGCCGCAGUGCGGUCAUGGCUUCCACGUCUCCUGCAUCGACACGUGGCUGGGGUCCCAUUCUUCCUGCCCUUCCUGCCGUCAGAUUUUAGUGGUUGCCAGGUGCCAAAAGUGUGGGGGUUUGCCCGGCCCGGCGGCUUCAACUUCUGGAACUGAGACUGAGGCCAGAUUGAAGGAGCGUGAAGAUGGUGUCAAUAGGUUCUUAACCUAGCCAGCGUCUCUGUCUCAGGGUUCCUCAAUAUUUUCUUUCUUUUCAAAGUUAAUUGUUAUAUAUGUUGGGUUAGAUUUAAUUAGCUAAUUACCUCCUGAAUUAUUACCACUACCAGCAUUUAGGUUUGGAUUUAUUCGAAUUUCUUUGCCGUAAUACUUGAUUUGAUUUAUGUAGAGUUAAAGCUUAUAAGAACAAUGAUUAUAUUUCCCCAUACACAAACAAAAAGAAGAAUGGUUCAAGAAUGAAAAUUGAGCACCCUUUUUUUGUGUUCCUUUUCAUUUGUCAUGUCA